ACGAAUUUCGAUAACGCAGUCAUGGAUCAAAUAGUUAUGGCGAGCUGAACCUCGACUGUGAACUCGGCACGUCAGCAAGGGGCUGGUACUUCACGUGACCUGGAUGACGUUUAUUCUGGGUUAUUUUCUUGGGACUUUGGAAAUUAUUUUCUUCUCGAGCAGAGAUCGUCGAUAGUCAGCAGCAGUUGCUAUCUUCACCACAGCAUCACACUCAGCACAUAGAAAUGGCAACUACAGCAGCAGCAGCAGCAGCAGCGUCUGCAGCAGAGGCAGUGCUGUACACAUGCAACAGCUGCGCCGUCGGGUUCCCGACCGCAGAUCUCCAGCGUCGCCACAUGAAGACCGACUGGCACCGCUACAACCUCAAGCGCAGGGUGGCCACACUCCCUCCCAUCUCCGCCGAGAUCUUUGCCGAGCGCGUGCUGCAGCAGAUGGACGUCACGCGGCAGAACGAGGAGCGCGCGAGUUAUCUGUCUGUGUGUCGCGCGUGCGGGAAUAAGCGGUUUACGUCGGCGGGUGCGUAUGAGAACCAUAUCUCGAGCGCGAGACAUCGCGAGAAUGCGAAGCGUGCGGAGGAGAACCGGGCUGCGGGAGGAGAGGGGGAGGAGGAAGAGACUGGAAGUAGUAGUUCAGCAGCAGCAGCAGGUAGCUCGAAUGUGCCGCAGAUCGCCAAGGACAGUUUGGCAGGUAGCGCGUUGACUGUUGCCGACGCCGAGAGAGAGACUAGUUUCAAGGCUCUCUCGUUCCGGGAAACUAGAGUCGGCGGCGGCAAGAAGACGUUGAGAAGAAACCAUAUUGGUCCUGAUGCCGCAGCCGACACCGAGAGCACUGUAUCCUCGUCGUCAAGCGCCGCACAGAAGCGACCUGCGCGGAAACCACAAGCGCCACCGAAGGAGGAGGAAGAGGAGGAGAGCUUUGAUGCCGAAGACGAGGACGAGGAUAUCGAUGCGAUUAUUGCGCGGAAGCUGAAGAACGCGGUGAAGUUGCCUGUGACGGCGUGUAUCUUUUGCUCGGCCGCGAACUUUGCGGACGUCAACGCGAACGUCAAUCAUAUGCGGAAAGAUCACGGGUUCUACAUUCCCGAGCAGGAUUACUUGGUUGAUCUCGAGGGAUUGAUUACGUAUCUGUCUGAGAAGGUGUCGAUUGGAAACGCGUGUCUGUACUGUGCGUUUAUUGGACGCAAUCUGAAUAGUGUGCGUGACCAUAUGAUUGCCAAGCGACACUGCACUAUUCCGUACGACACUGAAGACGACAGAAUGGAGCUCUCGGACUUUUACGACUUUUCGUCGUCGUACCCUGAGGGAUACGAAGGCAGCGGAGACGACGAAUGGGACGAUGUGUCUGGAGACGAAGCAGAAGCUGCAGAGGAAGAAGGUGAAGGUGCCGGAAAGACAGUCGCUACUGCGGCUGCUACCGAGUCGACUUUGUUUCUCGAUCCCUCUGGCUACGAACUCUCUCUACCCCUUGCAGGUCUGCGUAUCGGUCACCGCUCGCUCGCGCGGUACUACAGACAGUCUCUUCGACCCACUCCCGAGCUUCGGGAAGGCCAGAGCACUGUUAUCGCGGCCAACUCGAGACCGACGAUCGGCGCUGCGGUUACUUAUGACCCGGUUCGCGAUCGGGCGACGAAGAAGCUGUGGAAAGAUCAGCGUACAAAGAAGAACCAGGAUAUUCGGCGCGAGAUGCGGUAUAUCAACCAGCAGAAGCAUUUCCGCGAUCCUAUGCUCGGAGGUUAGACGUUUUUUCUUUAUUUUUUUGUAGGUUUAGUG